AUGAUUCACCGGUAUGCCCUCGCCAUGGACCUGUGUGCCCAUCAAAGAAGAGUUACAUUGCUUGUCUGGCAUCCCACAGCUAUGAAUGUAUUACUUAGCACUGGUUCGGACAACUUUGUGAUUUUGUGGAAUGUUGGGACUGGUGAGGCCAUGCUUCAAGUUGAUUUGCCAGAUCAGAUUUAUUCUGCCUCUUUCAACUCAGACGGAAGCCGCUUUGUUUGUACCUGUAAAGACAAACUUCUGAGGAUAAUGGACACACAUACAGGAAAAACAAUUUCAGAAGGCAAAUGUCACUUAGGAUCAAAACCAGCUCAGUGCGCAUACUUGAAGAAUGGUCAAAUCUUUACUACUGGAUUCUCAAAGAUGAGUGAAAGACAGUAUGCAUUGUGGGAUGAGAAUGAUUUGAAUGAGCCAAAGACAAUAGAGGAGAUAGACUCAAGCAAUGGUGUUUUGUUUAUCUGUUAUGAUGCUGACACAAGUAUGGUGUAUCUUGAAGGCAAGGGGGACAGUAUAAUCCGUUAUUAUGAGGUUACUGAUGAGGCUCCAUAUGUUCAUUUCCUAACCCUCUACCAGUCCAACUCCCCACAGAGAGGUAUUGGAUUCAUGCCAAAAAGAGGCCUCAAUGUUAAUAAUAAUGAGAUUGCUAGGUUUUACAAGCUACACAACAAUGGUUUCUGUGAGAUUAUUCCAUUUACAGUUCCUAGAAAGUCUGAACUUUUCCAAGACGACCUUUACCCUGACACAGCUUCAGAUGUGCCUGCUAUUUCCGCUGAUGAUUUCUUUGCAGGGAAAAACGCUGAGCCUGUUUUGGUUUCAUUGAAAGAUGGAUCAGCACCAACCAAGAAAGAGCAGUUAAAAGUGGUGAGAAAGUCCAAUAUUCUUGACAAAAUGCCAGCCAAACCUCAACAACAACAGCAACAACAGUCAUCCAACAAUGCUGAAGCGGCAGCAGCCCCAUCUUUACCACCUCAGUCACACAAACAUGAUGGUAUCGACCUGAAGGAACUCCAAGAAGAAAUCACUGAGCUAAAGAACAAGGUGCGCAAACAGGACAAGCGCAUUGGGGAACUGGAGCAGCGCCUUCAAGCCCUGGAGCAGCAGAACACAGAGGAAGAUGAAGGCCAGGAAUGAUAGGCCUAGCUGCUACUGGCUUAUUUCUCUUACAUGUAUAUUAUGAGCAUUAUUAUAGGUCUAAAACACAUUACCAGCUAUAUUUACACAUUCAUAGCAUUAUUUUUUUUAUAUAUGGGAUCCUUUUGUUGAAAGUAUUUUAGUUUUUAUCAAAUUUUGAAUCCCCUCCCCAGGAAAGUUUUGAUAUUUGUGAAGAUGUUUUUGUGCCAUGAACAGUUAUCAAAGGCAGCACACCAUUGUUUGAUUCCUAUCAAGAAGAGUGUGUUUGAUCCCUUCCAAAAUGUGUACUGGGCUACAUCUCCCCAAGUUUGAGAAGCUCUGUCUUAGAUCAGGUGACUGACAGCAAGUAUUUUCUUCAGGUUCAUCAGACAUGUUAGUUCUGCUGCUAUCUCUAUCAUCACCUUAGA